CAUUUUCAUUCGUUGUUGGUCUUUUCGUUUUUCUUUGGUCGGUGUCGGUAAAACAGUAAUUUGUUUAUUAGAUAGCGGCCCAAGCCUUGUUUUAUAGAUGUUUUUUUACUUGUUCAGCAUGAAAAUAGAUAUUACGGUGCUUUUUGACGAAUUAGAUUAUUGAUAAAUAUAUACUAGUUCUAAAUACGAAGAAAAACGGGAUUGAAACGUUGAAAAUGAAUAGUUUCCUCAGUCAACCAGGCCCAAGCCGGUCUUCUCAAUCAGGUACCAAUUCUACCAAUCCUCCUACAAGGGCAAGACUUCGUCUUCGUCCUAAUCGUGGCUUUGCUAGUGACUAUGAUUAUCAAAAUCAACAAUCGUUUUCAGGAGGUGAUAUGAAUAGGGUUUUCAACAACCACAGAGGUGCACAAAAUUAUAACCCUAUUUAUCCAAGCGGUGGGACUUUCCCUAUCCCUCCUCCCUUUAACUUCAAUCCCAAUCAGGGAAAGCAAAAUGAACAAUCGAAUAAUAGAUAUAGAGGUAAACGUGAUUAUCACAAAAGCAAACCUCCACACAGGACAGAAAAGAGAGCAGACAAUCCAACAGCAAGAAGAACAGACAGACAAGAUGUACCUCAUCAAGGACCUACACUUAGAGAAAAGAAUGAUAUUGCAGACGUUCCUGUGACUCUGAAUUUUCAGUCUCCAGAAAAUAUGUCCUCUGAAGGUGCCCCUUGCAAAUUGUACAAGUGCCCUAAAUGUUUACGCCACUUUGAUUGUACAACACGACUAAAUUCAUAUUAUGGAAGGAUACCACUCGUAUUAACAUGCCAGCAUACUGUUUGUCAAGAAUGUAUUCAAAAAAUGGCAAAGGACAAUGCAAUUGUGUGUCCAAUUUGCAAAGAUUCCUCAAAGUUACCGACAGGAUAUAAGCACAGCAAUCUACAAGAGAUAUUUUCUCCAAAUUUUUUUUUGGUUGGAACCAUCUUGUGGCUUAAAUCUCAUGAAAACAACAGAAGUAUAUCACUAGCACCUGUAACUGACACAGAUUUGAGAAGUGAACUUAUCUCUCCUAUAUCGUCAUCUGUUUCAAAGCACAAUUCAGACAAAACCUGCUGCUUUUUAACUUGCAAGAAAAACGCAACUAUACAAUGUACAGAGUGUAAUGAUUUCUACUGCGAACCAUGCUGUAAUACUAUCCACAAAAGUGCCAAGUCCAUGUGGUCACAUAACCGAGUUCCUCUUGAAGGCAGUGCGACAAAGAAAGAAACUUUGGAGCUAGAAAGAUGUGAAAAUCACAACAUGCAUUUUGAAUUUUACUGCACUACCUGUAGCAUGGAAGUAUGCUGCUACUGUUAUAUUGAACAACAUGACGGACACAAAAAAGAUAAUUUGUUGAGAUUGGAAGAAGAAGAAAUGGACGAAUUUAAAGUAAAUAAAGAAAGUGCACGAAAAAUAUUAAAGCAGCUUAUUUUCUCUCAGAAGAAACUUGAAGAUCUGUCUACAUCUAGCACUGCUUCUAUCGAGGCAGAAGUGACCAGUUACUUUUUGAACUUACACGCCAAGCUACAGUAUAUUCAGAAUAAUCUCAAAGACGAUAUAAUCAGGUCUACUACACUUGGAUCUGUCAAACAAGAUAUCAAAGAGACUUAUACGGAAAUUGUUCAUUCAAUAGAAAAUUUAAAAGACAUCAUUAUUGCUUGUGAUAAAGUGGAGAUGAGAAAAAUGAACAUGAGGGCUAUUUACAACAAAUUAAAGGAAGCAAAGAAUACUCCUUGCUACUUAUUAUCGGAUAAGAAGUUGGAUACUUUUGAGUUCGUUGUUAACCCCUUGGUUGAUGGAUUGGAAAACUAUUUUUCCGUAGAUAAAAAUGAAGCAUUCCAAAUUAAACUCGUUUCUGAAGAGGAUCUUCCACCAGAUUAUGAAAAAGACGAAACAGACGGCCUGUACCAAAAUGACAUUGAAAACAUCAUUGAUUCAUUAGGUAAAAGUACAAUAACAUCCAACAAGGAUAAAUCAAAGAAGGGUUCUUCAAAAAGUUCAACAGUAGGAGUGUUGGAACAAGAAUCUGUGGAAGUAACACAUAUAGAAAGUUUGGAGUGUUUCUAUGUUCAGUUAAAAAAGAAUCAGAAACAGUUUUCCCAGAUGAAUGCUGAAAUUAAGGAAUUUAUCAGACUUAACCCUGGAGUGGUGGACGAACCAGAAAUAAACCAAUUGUAUUUGGUUAAAGUUUUAAAAGAGAAGAUCUGGUGUCGAGGCAGAAUUACCGAUAUUGAAAAUGGCGAAGAUGGAAUUUUGUACAACGUUUUCCUCAUUGAUUAUGGCAGUCAUUAUACUUUAGAUAAAUCCAAGUUAAGGCAAAUGCAUGUUUCUUUAGCAUUAAAGAAGCCUUUUGCAAUUCAGUGUGAACUGUCCAACCCAUCCAUGCGAACCUGGGCUAAGAACGCUCAUGUCCAUAUGGCAAAAAUCCUUAAUGGGAGAAAAGUUACGAUGACAGUUAGAAACGAGCACAAUGGUGUACAGGAAGUGGAUCUCAUGAUUUUAACAUCUGAUAGAAGCCAAACUUCAGUAAUAGACCUCCUCAUACAUGCAUGUCCAGACGCGCUCGAUCAAACCGAAGACACUGAAGUUGUCACUCCUCAAAAAUUAACCCUUAGCGGACAAUACAAACUUUUCCCUAACAGUGUCAAGUUUAAAAAAUCCCAGGAGGCUAAUGUCAGGCUAGCGAGUGUUAUUGAUCCACACCAUAUCUUUCUUCAUAUGGCUUCGCAUAUAAAGUUCCUAGAAAAGAUGAAUGAAUCGUUGAAGAAUAGUUACAAGAAUUCAAGAGAAGACACAUGUGUGCCCGUUGAAGGAACUUACGUUGUAGUAAAUUACAAAGAUCUAAUCAGAGGCAAUUGGCAUAGAGGAUUGGUGUUGAAAGUCAAUACCGAUAACUGUCAAGUCUUACUUGUUGAUUGGGGUUUAGAAUUGACUGUUCCUUGGCGCGAUAUACGAAUGUUGAAAGAGGAGUUUACAAGAUUAGAAAUUCAGAGCAUUUCUGUGAAGCUGGCGCAAGUAGAACCACUUGGUAAACAUACAACAUGGACUGAGGCGGCAACAGUAUUUCUAGAAAACUUUUUCCUAUCCCAAGACACACUGAAAAUAGUCGUUCAUAACGUAGAACCAUUAGAAGUUGGUAUGUUCGAAAUGGUUGGAGAUGUUGAUAUUUGCAUAAAUGCGCAAUUAGUAAAGCAAAAUUUGGCCGAUUCAACUGGUAAAAUUUCCCAAACAUUGGAAUGGCCAAAGAAUGAUGCUGUCAGAGGGUUUAGAGAAGACGAUGGAAUUCUCGCCCAACGGUUGAAACAAAUCGAGUCAGAUGAUGAAUCAGAUGAGGAACAAGCUGACAAAAUCAAAAAACAGAAAAUCGAAGUUGUUAAAUUAGUUAAUCCCGGUUUAAUCUAUAUUAAGUUCCCCGCAUUCGAAUCACAAGCAAUGAAGCUACAUGAGGAAUUACAAAUACAUUACACCAAGGAACAUAAAACAAGAUCAUCGUGGAAUGCCGACGAGCAGUGUGUUGUUUUUCAUAAUCUCUCUUUCGCAAGAGCGAAAGUUUUAGAAAAACUUGAUGACAGAAAGUAUAGAGUGAAUAUUUUUGACAGAGCUACUGAAGAUGUGAUAAACGUGGACAAAAUGUAUGAAUUUGAUAAAUAUUUCACCAAAUUUCCCAAUGUCGUCUUCAAAUCACAUUUGGCUAAUAUUAAACCUGCGGGCGGAGAUAAGUGGAGUUUGUCAGCGAUUGAAGCACUAGAAUGUGUGUUUACCAAGUACAAGGAGAUUUGUGGUGCCAAAGUGCCAGGUGAUAUAUCAGGAAAAUCCAUACCUAUGAACAUGUGGUACACGAAGGUCAAAAUUGCUGGCGCCUUGGAACCCUCCAUAAUGAAAUUUAUUUCUCUUAGUAAUUUGUUGGUUAAAAUGGGAGUUGCAUAUAAAAUUUCUUCGCCUUCCGUAAAAAGUGAAAGUGGUAGCGUCAAAAGUGAAAGGUCAGCAGUUUCUUCAAAGAUAUCAAAUGGUAAUUUAUCCGGCUUAGAAAAUGAUGAAGUGCCAGUUGGUAAAGAAUCUGUUACGUCAGUAGAAUCCCUCGCUAUCCCGAAAAAUAAGGCUUGGAGUGAUGCGGUAGAGGAAGAAGAAGAAACUCUCAAAGCGGUCAAAAAUGCCUCUGACUCAUUAGAAACACCCCAAGAAGUAGAUAUGGACGAUUGGUUGCCUGCUUUUCGGAUCAAACAAAAAGAAUUCUAUGCUUGGGUAACAUGUGCGGACCCAGGUGGAAUUCUUUAUUUAAGGGAAGGUAAAUUGCAAUCGGCUUACAAAGAAAUGGAGACUAAAAUGAAGGAGUAUUUUGAUAAGACCCCUUCAGCUUCUACAGAUAACGAUUGGGAUGCUGGAGACUUGUGUACGAUUUACUACAACGAUAUGUAUUAUAGAGGAAAGAUUGUGACAGUAAAGAGUCAAGACGAUAUUUCAGUUGUGAUGAUCGAUUUUGGAAGUGAUCACACAGUUACUUCAAAAGAUCUAAGACAAGAAAUUCUCUAUCCCGAGAUUCCCGCUUUUGCUUCUAAGAUUAAACUAGACAAGAUAUAUGCUAAAACUGGAGAAUGGCUCGAUUCAGAUUACCAGACGCUCAUGGAUAAUGUGACAGAAUAUAGCAAAAUCAUUAUCAAAAGUUCUCUGGAUGACGAAAUUCCCACAGCUGAAGUUUUUACUGAUAAGGAAAUAAACCUUAAUCAACUUUUGGUACAGCUUUGUGCCAAUUUGACUAGAAAACUCCCGAAUAAUCAAAACCAGUCCGAGGAUGACGACAUAUUGAUUGAAGAUGAUGAACCUAUCAUUGAAGAUGAAGAUGGGUUAGACAAAGGAGCAGAAAAUGUACUGGUUGCUGGUAAUCAAUCAGUAGAUACAACGAAGUAUAAAUACACUAUUCGUCCUCUUCCUGACGGUAUAGAAAAUGUACCAGUCUCCAUAUUGUCAGUACUCAAAUACAAUAAAGUAGUUUUAAAAGAAAUAUCGACACUUUCAGAAGAGCUGCAGUUUCUGAACAAUGAAAUUCAAAAAACUGUACAUUUGCAACCUGUGAUAGAAAAUCUGGAAACUGGAAUGCCGUGCGUGUGCCAGUUCCCUGAAGAUAAGCUUUGGUAUCGAGGUGAAGUUUACCAUAUGGAAGAUUUGGAUUGUGGAUAUGUCUCAGUAAUCUUCGUUGAUUUUGGUAACGUUCAACUUGUGACUGCAAAUGAAAUUAAAAUGAUGCGCCCAGAAUGGUUUGCUACACCAGUCACUUGCCAUAUCGCGCGUUUAAACAUUAAAAUAGUCGAGGAUAAACAUAUUGAACACGUCACAAACGUCAUGAAAACUCUCCGUGAUGAAUUUGCUAAAAUUAUUACCAAAGAUCCUCUUUGCGUGAGCCUCCAUAAAAAAGAUGGAGCUCUCAGUUACGACAGUUUGAUAGAGAAAAAACUGGUCGAAAUUGUUUAAGUUUAUACCGUUUUAUUUUCUUAUGUUUUCAUGAUCUGUAUCGGAUCUGAUGUUUAAUUAUCUAUAGUGCCUCAAUUAUAUAAUGUAAGAGGCAUGUUCGUUCGAAAUUUGUUUAUUUUUUCCUUAUUUUUAUAAAAAAAGUGUUAGGUUUAUUUGAAACAUUACUGUUCUUUUCAUAAUAUUAAUAAACGUAUUAAAAUAUA